UGGGUCAUUGUCCCUAACAAACUCGAAGACGUUCACGAACCUACAACUACAUUCCGUUUGAUUUGCAUAACUGCGUUUAUGAAACACGCUACCACACUUCUCCGGACUCUGGCUUUUCAGCGUAAACCACAACCCCUUAGCAUGUCUUCUGCUGUUCACGAAAACGUGAAGAAUUAUUAUGGGUCUCGGCUGGAGACUUCAGAUGACUUACAGACCAAUGCUGCGUGUGUCAUGCCCUCCAGACCCGUGGCCAAGAGUGCAUGUGAAGCCCUGAAACUAGUCCACCCGGAUGUUUGCAAGAGGUAUUUUGGCUGUGGCCUGGUGAUUCCAGAGAAGCUGGAAGGAUGUGCGGUUCUUGAUCUGGGCAGUGGAUCGGGGAGAGACUGCUUCGUCCUCAGUAAACUGGUGGGGGAGAGCGGUCAUGUCAUUGGACUGGAUAUGACGGACAAAAUGAUUGUUGCCUCGCAAAAAUAUAUCCAGUACCAUCAGGAGAAGUUUGGAUACUCAAAACCAAACACUGUGUUUGUGAAAGGAUACAUGGAGAAGCUCAGUGAUGCAGGGAUACAGAACAACUCUUUGGAUGUAGUUGUGUCAAAUUGUGUAAUAUGUCUGUGCCCAGAUAAGAGAACUGUGAUAAGUGAAGCUUACAAAGUUCUAAAGGAGGGUGGAGAGUUGUACUACAGUGACAUCUAUGCAAGCAAAGCAGUUCCAGACUCUUUCAAAGAAGAUCCAGUUCUGUGGGGUGAGGGAAUGGCCGGCGCCCUCUACUGGCGAGAUCUCAUCGCUCUGAUGAAGGACAUAGGCUUCAGCACUCCCCACAUGGUUGCAGGCAGUCACAUUGUGGUUCACAAUCCUGAACUUCAAAAAAAGACUGGUGAUGUUAAAUACGCAUCUGGAACUUACCGGAUCUUUAAACUGCCUCAAAACUCCAUCAAGAGCAAAGCUCUGGUCACAUAUAAAGGAACCGUGCCUGACUGUGCUGACUGUUUUGAGUUUGAUGCCUCUCAUUCUUUCAAGGCGAAUGUCCCAGUGGAGGUGGAUGCAGAGAUGGCCGCCAUCCUCAAGAACACACGUUUCUCUACAGACUUCAAUAUUACGAUGUUAGACACUCCAGAUCCAAACCAGAGCGGAACUCCUCAGUAUUGCCACCUUAGCCCGUUCCUUCUCGCGGAUAAACUGGGCUCCUCUGUCAAACAGUGCUCAAAGACAGGACGCUAAGGUAAAUGUGGAGAGUCUGACGGAUCAUGUGAUGUCUGGAUCACUUGAGAAAAUGUAGUGGGAAGUGAGAGUAUAUGGUGUCUGUAGUGCUCAAAUGAUCAUUCCAUAUGUUUUUUUUAAACUUCAGGAAGCUAUUUGUCCUGCUUAUUGUAAAAUGACUUUUAAAAAUGGUAAUCACAAUAACAGCAGCCUCAACAACAAAACAAUAGUAAUAAUUAGCAAUAUAUGAAUUACAUUAAUAUGUGAAAAGCAUGAGCAAAGGUAUCCACUUUUUAUUCAAGAAAGAACAAAACCAAGAUCUUUGUCAAUGUAUUUGUAUUUUGAUUUUACUUGAUUUGUACUUUUUCCUUUUUUUAAAAAAAUUUAACUUUAAAACCAUUGCAACAGUUCUCUUUUUUUCUUCUUCUUUUUGUGCUAUAGUUGAAAAAUGUAAAGCAAAUUUUACUGGCCACUAUUUUUUUGUCCCUUAGAAGACUUAAAAAGUAUUGGCACUUGUUUUCCAUUCUGACUGAAAUAAGGCAGUGCUGAUAUUAACAUCGAUACACAAUCUCUCUGUUAAAUUUGUUUUUGCAUUUAUUGUUAUUUUUACUUAAAAAGUUUGUUUGUUUACCAAGGAGACAACGGUCAAUGAAGUGAAUUCUUGAGAUCACAUACUCUAUGAGAAAUAGAUUCUUUCCCCACAUAUCACAUGUUAUUAUCACUUAUGUAGAUAAUAUUUUUUUAUUGUGCAUCAUUAUAAGCUGUAAUGUGUCAAAAUAUUCAAAAAGUGUGAAAAUUGAAUUUUGUUCUGUGUAUUUAGGUUGUAUAAAAUACCACCUUAGAAAUGAACCUUAACAUACAAUUGGUUUAGAGGUUGAUCAUUUUAUUUUUAAAAUAAGUUUAAAAUGUCGUUUCCGCCAUAAUUUUAUAGAUGAAAAUACAUCAUUUGAGAUGUGGUGGAAAAAAGAUUUUAGGGAAAAACAGAAAUGACAGAAUUAAUUAUCGUGAUGGAUAGAUAUUUGCUGUUGUUAGUAGAUUAAAAGUGUAU